AGCGCCGCGCGCGACACGGGCGGCACGCUCGUCAGCCUGCCGCACAAGGCGCCGCCGCCGCAGACGGGCCUCGUCGGCGCCCUCACGUCGCACCAACGCGAGAAGGAGCGCAGCGGCGGCGUCGGGCGUGCGCUCACCGAGCAGCAGCGCGAGCGCAAGCUCGCCGAGCAGCGCCAGAAGCAGCUCGACGAGCUCCAGAAGCAGCAGCUCGCCCUCAUGCAGCAGCAGAUGCAGAUGGCGCAGUUCGGCGCCGGCCCAGGCGCGAGCCCGUACGGCCAGAUGGGCCAGAUGGGCUCGAUGGGCUCGAUGCAGUCGCUCGGCGGCUACGGCGGCGGCGGGAGCAACCCGUGGAUGAUGGGCGCCGGCGGCAUGGGCAUGAUGCCGCCGAUGGGCAUGGGCGGCGGGUUCGGCGCGUUCCCGCAGAUGGGCGGCGGGCAGUCGCACAUGGGCGGCUCGCCGCAGCUCCAGCCGCAGCAGACGGGCGAGGGCGUCAACCAGCAGCAGCAGGCGUUCCAGCAGCAGCAGGCCAUGAUGGCUGCCCAGCACGCCGCUCAGCAAGCCGCUCAGCAAGCCGCCCAGCAGGCCUACCUCGCCGCCAUGUCGCAGUUCCAGGGCGCCUCGUCGCCCAACGGCGGCGUCUCGCCUUCGCUCCCGCCCACCUCGUUCGCCUCGAUGCCGUCGAUGCAGUUCAUGCCGUCGCCGUACGGCUACCCGACGUCGCCGUCGAUGGGCGGCGGCUUUGGCGGCUUCGCGCCCGGCCAUGGCCAGCAGCCCAGCAUGUACGCCCCGAGCGGCUUCACGGGCAUGAACAACAUGCAGGUCCCGGGCGCAGGGGCGGGCGGCGAGGACGCGCCGGCGAGGGCGAUGAGCCCGUUGGACCUCAAGGGCGGGCAGCAGCAGCAGCGGCGGGACGCGAGCGAGUAGAGGGAGGAGGGUCGCAGCUAUCGUCGGCGUUUUCUGAGUAUCUCAAACGUGCAAGGACACUCUCUUAAUGUUGCUCGAGCC